UCUCCGUGCCACCAGAACACACACGGAACGGGUUUCGGCUGCGUUCAAUAAACUCUCAGAGUGAGAGAGAGAGUGUACGGGCGGGGGCUAAUAAAACGAUUUUGUGGAUCGUCUAAACCAGAACCGGCAGGCGGUUAGCUUUCGUUUCGCAGUUCCCCCCAAAUAAAUGCCAGUCGCCUGCCCAGAUAUGCGCUUAUCACAGCAUUGAGAGCACCGCCAGAGAGUUGGUGGGCCGCGAAUCCGAUAAGAACUCAAAACAACAUGGAUUUCGAGGAGAUUCUGGCCAAAUGCGGCAACAGCAGUCGCUAUCAGUUUCUGCUGCUCUCGCUCUACGGUUUCCUCAUGGUCGUCAUAUCGAUGCACUAUUUCUCCCAGAAUGUGAUUAGCUUUGUGCCCGAUCAUUGGUGUUACCAUCCAGAGUUGGAGAAUCGCAGCUUGGCCGAGAUCGAGGCCAUCUAUGCGCAGUUUGAGCGUCCCUCCUGCACGCGUCUGGCAUCGAUCGAUGCGGAUGGAGGCAAUGCCACAGCCAGCACAGAGCGCUGCAAUCGUUGGAUCUACAAAUAUGAUUUUGGCUACAAGAGCAUGAACACGGAGCUAAACUGGGUUUGUGAUGAGGCGUACAAGCCUCGCGUGGGUCAGUCUCUGUUCUUUGUGGGUUCCGUGUGUGGUACGCUCGUGUUUGGUUUGCUUGGCGAUCGCAUUGGCAGAAUCAAGGCGCUCAUUUUGGCCAAUUGGUGUGGCUUCCUCGGGGACUUCUCCACAAUAUUUGCAGCAAGUUUGACUUCAUUUUCGGUGAGUCGCUUCGUGUCUGGUCUGGCGGCCGAUGCCAACUCCUAUCUCAUGUACAUACUAAUUCUCGAAUAUGUCUCGCCCUCACUGAGAAAUAUUGGCCUGAACACCGUGCUGGGCAGCUUCUACUGCCUUGGACUGAUUGGCGCCUCUUGGCUGGCCGUUUGGGUGGGUCACUGGCGCAUUUUCCUCGCCUGCUCCUCGCUGCCACUGCUGCUCGUGACGCUCUUCUAUUUCCUGGUGCAGGAGAGUGCCCAGUGGCUGGUCACGCGCAACGAUAUCGAUGGAGCCAUCACGCGGCUGCAGCGCGUGGCCAAAAUCAAUCGCCGCGAGGUCAGCGACGAUGACUUCAAGGCGUUCCGCGGCUACUGUGAGCGGCACUACGAGAAGGAAGUGCAGGCAGCUGACAACAGUCAGGCCAAGCUGCUCGAUAUGCUCAAGACGCCGCGCAUGCGCAGCACGGCAUUCAAGCUGUUAACGAUUUUCAUAAUUAUCACGCCCUGCUACAACACAAUUGCCCGCAAUGUGGAGGGUCUGGGCAUCUCGCCCUUCAUCAUGUUCUCGCUGAACGCUCUGACGCUGCCGCCUUCGGGCUACCUGCAGGGACUGCUGCAAGAUCGCAUCGGGCGCAAGGCCACCGCCGUCAGCUGGAUGGCCAUCACGGGUCUGUUUGCUGCGGGUGCGGGGCUCGUCAUAUCGCAGGGCAGCAGCCAGCAGAAUGUGCUGCUGCUGGUGGCCCUGACGCUGGCCGCCCGCUUUGGGGUGUCCAUUGCCGAUGGGGCCAGCGCGCAGUUCUCCACGGAGCUCAUACCGACCUGUGUGCGGGGUCGCGGUGUGGCUGUGGUGCAUGUGGCCGGCUUUGCCGCCUCCUUCCUCUCACCCUACAUCCUGCAUCUGGGCACGUACUUCAGGCCUGCACCUUCGAUCAUUCUGGGUCUGCUCUUCCUGGCCGGGGCCUAUGUGUGUCUGCUGCUGCCCGAGACGCGCAACCGAAAGCUGCCCAUGUUCCUGGCCGAGGGCGAGGAAUUUGGCAAGGGAGAGCGCAUGUUCGAUUUUCUGCGCAAUUUGCGUAGGGUAGAAGGAAAGGAUAAGGCAGAAGGUGUUGAGAUUAGUGCCAAGGCUAAGGAAGAGGACACGCUCAUGGCGAAAGUUGCUUGAAGAGAAAUUAAAUGUGUAAAAAUUUC